AUGUCUCGCGGCAUUGAUGUUGAGGAUAUUGAUACUGUCAUCAAUUAUGACAAACCGCAAAAUGAGCGAUUGUUUGUCCAUCGAGUUGGGCGAACAGCAAGGUGUGGCAAAAAAGGAACCGCUGUUUCUCUUGUCACAUCGCGAGAACAGAGGGAGUUGCAGAGUAUCCUGCAGAAAGUGACAGUUGCCACCAAGGUGAAAGAAAAAUCCUUCGAGGGUGUAAAGGAUGCCGAAACAGAAGAGCGCUACCGGCAGGCAUUAAACACUCUCAAGGAAACUGUGCAAACUUUCCAGAAAGAAUCAGCGAAACUGUGA